AUGAGUAGAAGUUUACCAUUAUUAUCAUCUAAAGAAGUUUCCAAACAUGAUAAUAUUAAAGAUUGUUGGGUUACUUUAUAUCAAAGAAAAAUUUAUAAUGUUACUGGAUUUUUAGAUGAACAUCCAGGUGGUGGUGAUAUUAUUUUACCUUAUGCUGGUAAAGAUAUUACUGAAAUCAUGGCAGAUAUUGUAUCUCAUGAACAUUCUGAAAGUGCUUAUGAAAUUUUAGAUGAUGGAAUGUUAGUUGGAUAUUUGGCUACUCCUGAAGAAGAAAGAUCAUUAUUAAAUAAUAAAAAUAAAACUCCUGUUGAAGUUAAAUUAACUAAUAAUAAUUCUAUUAAUGAUAAUGGUAAAGAUUUCGAUAUGUAUGAAUUUCAUAAUGAUUUACCAAUGGAAGAAAAAUUAUCUAUUCAAACUGAUUAUGAAGAAGAUGCUAAGAAGCAUAAAUUUUUGGAUUUAAAUAAACCUUUAUUAAUGCAAAUGUUAACUAGUGAUUUUAAUAAAGAUUUUUAUUUAGAUCAAGUUCAUCGUCCAAGACAUUAUGGUAAAGGUUCAGCUCCACUUUUUGGGAAUUUCUUAGAACCUAUUUCUUUAACUCCAUGGUGGGUUGUUCCAUUAGUUUGGUUACCUCCAAAUAUGUAUAUUUUUUAUAUUGGAUUUAUUAAUCAAAGUCCAAUUAUUGCUUUAAGUUUAUGGGCUAUGGGAUUAUUUGUUUGGACUUUAGUUGAAUAUUGUUUACAUCGUUUCUUAUUCCAUUUAGAUUAUUAUUUACCUGAUCAUAGAUAUGCUUUCACUCUUCAUUUCCUUUUACAUGGUGUUCAUCAUUAUUUACCAAUGGAUGGGUAUAGAUUAGUUUUACCCUCCUGCUUUAUUUUAUUGUUUUAG